GGGAGGAGUGGGUGUGGGCGGCGGAGGCGCGCCCAUACUGCAAGACGAUGUGGUCAUCCGACAGGUUAAUGCCAAGUUCUACUACGGUUGGGAGUACCUGGGCGCCCAGCCCCGCCUGGUGAUCACCCCCAUGACGGAGCGAGCCUACCUCACCCUCACCGGCGCGCUGCACAUGAGGCUGGGAGGGGCGCCGGCGGGACCCGCGGGCACCGGCAAGACGGAGACGGUGAAGGACCUUGCCAAGGCGCUGGGGGUGCAGUGUGUGGUGUUCAACUGCGGAGAUAACCUGGAUUUCAGGUUCAUGCGCAAGUUCUUCAGCGGGCUGGCGCAGGCGGGUGCGUGGGCGUGCUUUGACGAGUUCAACCGCAUCGACAUCGAGGUGCUGUCGGUGGUGGCGCAGCAGCUGCACGCCAUCCAGACCGCCCUGCGUGCGGGUGCUGAGCGGUUUGUGUUCGAGGGCAGUGAGAUGCGGCUGCUGGCGUCGUGCGGCGUCUUCGUCACCAUGAACCCCUCCUACUCGGGGCGCACGGAGCUGCCGGACAACCUGCAGGCCCUGUUCCGCCCCAUGGCGAUGAUGGUUCCCGACUACGCGCUUGUGUCGGAGGUGAUGCUGUUCAGCGAGGGCUUCAGCGGCGCGCGCCACCUCAGCCGCAAGAUGGUGCUUCUGUACAAGCUGGCAUCCGAGCAGCUCAGCCAGCAGGACCACUACGACUUUGGCAUGCGUGCGCUCAAGUCGGUGCUGGUCACCGCCGGCAGCCUCAAGCGCUCCGCCCCGCACGUGGCCGAGGAGACGGUGCUCAUUCGGGCUAUGCGCGAGUCCAACAUCCCCAAGCUGCUGUCGGAGGAUGCGCGGCUGUUCGACGCCAUCGUGAGGGACCUCUUCCCGGGGGUGGAGCUGCCGGAUGAGCACGACGAGGAGCUCCAGGAGGCGCUGGUGGCGGCUUGCGAUAAGCUGGGGCUGCAGGCUGUUCCCCACUUCGUGUCCAAGGCGGUCCAGCUGUGGGAGACCUUCAACGUGCGCUUCGGAGCCAUGCUGGUGGGUCCCUCCGGCGGCGGCAAGACCAGCAUCUACCGCACCCUCGCCGCCGCCGUCACGCUGCUCAGCCACCGCCACAACCCGCAGCUGCUCUCCGUGACCGCGGAGCCCUCCACCCCCACCAGCAUGUUCCGAACACCCACACUCGGACGCGUGGACCCUACCAGCGCCUCAGGGGCUGCUGCUGCGGCGGCGGCGGCGGCUGCCUCCGGCCUGCCUUCAGAGCCCUCUCUUGCGGAGAUGGAGGCUAGCGGCGGCAGUAGCAGCGGCAGCCGCGGCGGCGGCGGCAGCGGCACUCCCUGGCAGCCGGUUCACAGCUACGUGGUCAAUCCCAAGUCCAUCACGCUGGGCGAGCUGUACGGCGAGUACAACAUCGCCACCAACGAGUGGCAGGACGGGCUGGCCUCCUGCAUUAUCCGAGCGGCGGCGGCGGAGCGGGAGGGGCAGCAGCGGGGCGACCUGCAGUGGGUGGUGUUUGACGGGCCGGUGGACGCGGUGUGGGUUGAGAACAUGAACACAGUCCUGGACGACAACUGCAUGCUGUGCCUUCCCAACGGCGAGCGCAUCAAGCUCAACCCCGCCACCAUGCGGGUGCUGUUCGAGGUGGCGGACCUGGCAGCAGCAUCGCCCGCUACCGUGUCGCGGUGCGGCAUGGUGUACGUCACACCGGACGACAUGGGCUGGAAGCCGUACGUGAAGUCCUGGCUGGACCACCUGCCCGCCGCCUUCAGCCACCUGCUGCCCCCCACGGAGGAGCUGCUGCUGCCCGCCACCAACUCCGACAUGUCGCUGGCGGACCACAUCGUGGUCAGCCCCUCCAACAGCCACCGCCUCUCCUCGCCGCCCUACAUCAACACCCCCCUACCUCCCGCCCUGCUGCAACACCAGUCCACCCUGUCGCACCUCGCCGGCACCGUGGUAGCCGCCAGCAUCAGCCCGCUGUCCUCCCCGCGCAGCACCGGCUCCGGCAUGAUCGCCCCCGGGGGGCCGCGGCGCUCCAUGACAUCCUCCCCGCAGCCCCGGCAGCGCCCCACCCCCGGCGUGUUGGAGUACCUGUCGGGCCUGUUUGAGCGCUUCCUGGAGCCGCUGAUGCAGCACGUGCGGCGGCGGGGGGCGCUGGCGCUGGGCACCUGCGAGGUGGCGCUGGUGGCCUCCACCUGCGCGCUGCUGCAGACGCUGCUGCUCAGCACGCAGCUGAAGGGGCACCCCGGGGCGGAGGGGGGCUCGCUCAGGAGGCAUGGGGCAGCAAGCAGCACAGCAGGAGGGGGGGUGGCAAAUGGCGGCGGAGCCGCGGCCGCUGCCGCGGCUGCGGCGGCUGCCGCCGCCGCAGCUGCCGCCGCUGCUGUGGCCAGCAGCAGCAUGCGUCAGGGCAGUGGCGGCGGCUCCAACAACACCAGUGACUACCUCAGCCUCUACGCCUCGCUUGCCGCCGCUGCCGCCGCCGGUACCAACUCCGGAGCAGCUGCUGCCGGCGGCGGCGGCGGCAACAGCAGCCGCCCCCCAACCUACCUGGGCAUGCUGCCCCCCGCCUCAUCCGCCGCGGCCGCCGCUGCUGCCGACUUCAUCGAGCCCGUACCCUACAAGCGCCCGCUGCUGGACCUGCACUCCCACGUGGUGUCAGAACACACCCAGGUUGCGCUCAACUACAUAUUCGCGUUCGCGCUGGUGUGGGGUGUGGGGGGUGCACUGGAGCCCAGCUGCUGGGAGGAGUUCGACGGUGUGGCCAAGGAGCUGUUCGAGGGGUACGCCAACUACCCGGGCGGCUCGGGUACGGUGUUUGACUACCACCUGGACUACCGCAGGAACUUCUGCCUGACCCCCUGGGAGGCCGCGGUGCCUCAGUACACCUACCACCCGCACCUGCCCUACUUCCACAUCCUGGUGCCCACUGUGGACACCACCCGCUACGGCGCGCUGCUGGGGGCGCUGCUGGCGGUGAACCGCUCCGUGCUGGUGACGGGGCCGGGCGGCAGCGGCAAGUCGGCACUGGUGCGGAGCUGCCUGGCGCAGCUGCAGGCCACCACGGGUGCCAACACCGCCACCGUCUACUUCUCCGCGCAGACCUCCGCCGCCUCCAUCCAGGCGCAGCUGGAGAGCCGGCUGGAGAAGAAGCGCAAGCGCCGCUACGCCGCCCCCGCGGGCCGACGGCUGCUGGUGUUUGUGGACGACGUGAACCUGCCAGCGCGGGAGGCGGCGUCGGGGGCGCAGCCGCCCAUUGAGCUGCUGAGGCAUUUCCAGGACUUCAGGGGCCUGUACGACCGCAAGAAGUUGUUUUGGAAGGAGGUGGAUGACACGGUGCUGCUGGCGGCGUGCGGGCCGCCGGGGGGAGGGAGGCAGGAGAUGUCCCCCCGCUUCGUGCGCCACUUCUCGCUGCUGGUGAUGCCGCCCGCCAGCGAGGUGGCGCUGCGGACCAUCUUCGGAGCCAUUCUGGGCGGAUUCCUGGAGCUGCACUUCCAACCGGACGUCAAGUCCCGGCUGCUGCGCCCGCUGGUGGACACCUCGGUGGAGGUCUACACGCACGUCUCCUCCGAGCUGCUGCCCACCCCCGCCAAGAGCCACUACACCUUCAGCCUGCGCGACGUGAGCAAGGUGUUCCAGGGCAUGCUGGCAAUCAGGCCCGCGCAGUGCGGCCCGGGCGACCCACGGGCCACCCUGGUGCGGCUGUGGGUGCACGAACACAUGCGGGUGUACCAUGACAGGCUUGUGUGCGAGCCCGACAAGGACUACUUCAAGGGGCUGCUGUACGAGCUGCUGCUGCUGCGGUUCGAUGUGAGGGACGAGUACGACAGCUUCUUCUCGCCAGAGAGCCCCAUACUGUUUGGUGACUACCUGCGUCGCGGCAUCACGCAGGACGAGCGGGUGUACGCGGAGGUGCGGGACGUGCCUCGACUGGGGCAGGUGCUGGAGUCCGAGCUGGAGGAGUACAAUGCGGUGGGUGCGGGACCCCGGCUGGACCUGGUGCUGUUCCUGGAUGCGGUGGAGCACGUCAGCCGCAUCGCGCGCAUACUCAGGCAGCCCAGGGGCAACGCCAUGCUGGUGGGUGUGGGCGGCAGCGGCAAGCAGAGUCUGGCCCGCUUCGCCGCCUGGCUGGCGGGCACGCAGGUGUUCACACUGGAGCUGAGUCGCGUGUACGGGGUGUCGGAGUGGCGGGACGACCUCAAGAAGCUGUACAGGCUGGCUGGUGUUGAGGGGCGCGCGGUUAGCUUCCUGCUUCCCGAGCAGCACAUCCUGGCUGAGAGCUUCGUGGAGGACGUGAGCAACCUGCUGAGCAGCGGGGAGAUCACGGGGCUGUUCGCGGGGGAGGAGCGGGAGAAGGUGUUCGCGGACCUGCGGGGUUGGGCGGCGGAGGAGGGUUUGGACGAUACGCGUGACGCGCUGUGGCGCGCCUUCAUCGACCGCGCGCGCGACAACCUGCACCUGGUGCUGGCGCUGAGCCCCGUGGGGGAGGCGUUCCGGCGGCGCAGUUCUACUUGGAGCUGAGGAGGAGGUACUACGUGACCCCCCGCGCCUACCUGGACCUCAUCCACCUGUACACCUCGCUGCUGGCGGCCAGGAGACAAGAGACCGCUGUUGCCCGCGAGCGGCUGCUGAGCGGCGUUGCCAAGCUGACCACCACCAACAGCACGGUGGAGGAGAUGCGCGGGCAGCUGCGGCUGCUGCAGCCCGUGCUGGCAGACAAGACGGUGGCCACACAGAAGCUGCUGGAGCAGGUGACUCACGAGCAGUACGAGGCGGAGCGGGUGCGGGCGGCGGUGGCGGGUGAGGAGGCGGACGUGAAGGCGCAGGCGGCCAAGCUGGCAGCACUCAAGGACGAGGCCCAGGCCGACCUGGAGGAGGUGCUUCCCGCGCUGGAGGCCGCUGAGCACGCCCUGUCCGCGCUCAACAAGACGGACAUCAUCGAGAUCAAGACCUUCACCAAGCCGCCCGCGCUGGUGCAGGUCACCAUGGAGGGGGUGUGCAUCCUGCUGCAGGAGAAGCCCGACUGGGAGACCGCCAAGCGGCUGCUGGGUGAGACCACCUUCAUCAAGCGCCUCAUGGAGUACGACCGGGACAACAUACCCGACAAGGUGGCGCGCAACCUGAAGAGGGUCAUCGACGACCCCUACUUCACACCCGACCAGGUUGCCAAGCAGUCCAAGGCCGCCCAGUCGCUGUGCCUGUGGGUUCGCGCCAUGGACACCUACGGCCGCGUCAUCCGGGUGGUGGAGCCCAAGCGCGCCGCACUGGCCACCGCGCAGGAGCGGCUGGCGGCCAUGAACGGCGCGCUGGCGUCCAAGCAGGCGCAGCUGGCGGAGCUGGAGGCAAAGGUGGCGGCGCUGCAGGAGCAGCUGCAGGCCACCCAGGAGGAGCUUCACAGCCUGCAGCAGCAGGCGGAGCUCAGUCAGAAGCGGCUGGUGCGCGCGGAGAAGCUGACGGGCGCGCUGGCGGACGAGAGCGUGCGGUGGCAGGCUCAGAGCGAGCGCAUGACCGCGGCGCUGCACUCGCUGGUGGGGGACGUGUUCCUGGCGGCGGCGGCGAUCAGCUACCUGGGGGCUUUCACGGGUCCCUACCGCGAGUCGCUCAUCCGCAGCUGGGUAGCCCGCUGCCGCGCCGCCUGCAUCCCCGUCUCCUCACCGCCCCCCUCCGCACCUAGUCCGGGGCCGGG